CCAAACCAAAGCAGAGUAAUAAUAAAAACCCUAACUUUGAUUGUGAUUCUCUUCUACCUCGUUAGACAGCCACUUCCCUAAAACCCUAAAAAGCUCACCGCUGUUGUUCAUUUUGAGAAUCAUAUCUAAAGAAGAAGAAGAAGAUGGGUUCGAAUAAGAAGAAAAAGCGAAGCAAAGGUGAAGGAUCCGGUGGUGGAGGAGGAGGAGUCGCAGAGGAAGGUAAUCAGAUGAUUAACGACCCAAGGUUCGCGUCGGCGCACACGGAUCCUAGAUUCCGUAGUAUGCCGCGGCGUCAGUCAAAAAUCGCUAUCGACUCUCGAUUCAAGCCUAUGUUCUCUGAUAAGCGAUUUACCACGGCUAAUGCUCCCGUCGAUAAGCGUGGCAAGCGGAGAAAAGCUGGCAAAGGAAACGAUUUGCUUCGUGAUUUUUAUCGACUUGAUGAAGAAGAUAAUGAUGAUGCUAAGAAGAAGGAGAAGAAGGAGAAGGAGAAGGAGGAAUCUGGGGAUGAGAGUGAGAAUGAGAUGACUGAUCUGAAAUCUGAGGCGGAAUCAGAGGAAGAGAGUGAUACUGACAAAAAGCUAAAGCUUGCUCCUUCUUUGGAUGAAGAGUCUAAUGAUGAUGCUGAGUCUGAUGAGGAAGCUGAGUCUGAAGAGGUAUCAGAGGAAGAAGAGGAUGAUACCGAUGAGGACAAUGAAGGUAUCUAUGAAGACGAUGGACCAGAAAUUCCGGAAGAGAACAUACCGACUAUCCCAGAAGAAACUCCCAGACUUGCUAUCGUUAACAUGGAUUGGAAACAUGUCUCUGCCAAAGACUUGUACGUUGUUUUGAAUUCGUUUCUGCCAAAAGAUGGGCGCAUUUUGUCUGUGGCUGUCUAUCCAUCUGAGUUUGGGCUUCAGCGAAUGAAAGAGGAGGAAAUUCACGGGCCGGUAAUUGAUGGAUACAAAAAGAAUGAAGAUGGCGGUGAUGAUGAUGAUGAAGAUGAAGAGGAGGAAGAUGAGGAUGUCAUCAACCAGAAGCUACGUGUUUACGAAUUAAGUAGAUUAAAGUAUUAUUUCGCUGUUGCCGAAUGUGAUUCAAGUGCUACUGCAGAUUACUUGUACAAAUCAUGCGAUGGAAUUGAGUUUGAGAGAUCCUCAAACAAGCUUGACCUUAGAUUUAUACCUGAUUCCAUGGAAUUCAAACAUCCACCUCGUGAUAUUGCAUCUGAGGCACCUGCUGGUUAUGAAGGUUUAGAUUUUCAGAGCCGAGCGCUGCAAUUGAGCAAAGUUCAACUUUCUUGGGAUGAUGAUGAGCCGCACCGCAUUAAGACUUUAAAACAGAAUUUCAAUUCUGAACAGUUGGCAGAUCUUGAAAUGAAGGAAUUUUUAGCUUCUGAUGAGAGUGAAUCUGAUGACGAAGACAACGACAGCAAUGAAGGUAUGAACCGGAAGAAAGUGGAGAAGAGGAAAGAUAAGUACCGAGCUUUAAUUGAAUCUGAAGAUGUAGAUUCUGAUAAAGACGUGGAGGAGGAGAAUGACCAGGAUAUGGAGGUAACAUUCAAUACAGGGUUAGAAGAUCUUAGAAAAGAGAUUCUUAAAAAGAAAGACAAGAAGUCAGAAUCGGUCUGGGAGUCACAUCUGAGGCAGAAGCGCGAAAAGAAGAGGGCCAGGAAGAAUAAUCAAAACGAAGAUGAUGAUGAUGAUGAUUACAUUGAUCGAAAGGCAGUGAAAAAUGAUGAUGGUGAUGACGAUUUUUUUAUGGAGGAGCCUCCUCUUAAGAAGAAGAAGAAAGAAGGAAAGACGAAUAAGAAGAAGAAGAAGGGUUUAGAGGAUGAAGUAGCAGCGGAUGAAAGAAGCAGAGCGGAGCUCGAGUUGUUACUAGCUGAUGGGAAUGCAGGAGAGGGUAAUGAUCUGAAAGGGUAUAAUAUCAAACGGAAAGGUAAAAGAGGAAAAACUGAUAUAUCAGAAGAGAAGAUACCUGCGGCUGAUCUUGACGAUCCGAGGUUCUCAGCUCUACUCACGUCUCCUGCUUUUGCCCUAGACCCUACGGAUCCACAGUUUAAAAGGAGUGCUACUUAUAUAAGGCAAUUAGCUGCGAAGCGUAUGGAAGUUUCGAAAAGCCAAGAGGAUGUGAAAGAGACAGCGCCAAAGGAGAAAGAACAAGAGUUGAAUUCGAUGAUGGGGUCUAAGAAAGAGAGACACUCGCUGAAUUCUACUGUCAAAUCUUUGAAGAUGAAGAUGAUUAACAAGGAAUCGGAGAAGAAGCAAGCGGGUAACGCAGUGACUUCCUCGACUUUGGCUCAGCGGAUUAAGAAGAAAGCCAAAGAUUUAUCAAAGAAAUAAAAAUCUCUUUUGCUUUUGUUUCCUUCAAAUCAGUUUUGUUUGUUAUAAUAAUGAUGAGAUCAUCACUCCCUGAUAUUCUCACUGUAUAGAGAAUUUCACUCUAGACUAUAUUCUCAAGUCAGUUAAUGGCACCCCCAAUUCUGUCUU